AUGGAUCCUUCGGAGAAGAAGAUAUCCGUGUGGAUCUGCCAGGAGGAGAAACUGGUGUCCGGCCUCUCCCGCCGCACCACUUGUUCGGACGUAGUGCGGGUGCUCUUGGAGGAUGGCUGCCGGCGGCGACGGCGGCAGCGGAGGAGCCGGCGGCGGGGGGCGGCCGGGGACCCGCCGGGCCCAGGGGAGCUGCCGGAACCCCUGGACGAGGACGACGAGGACGACGACGAUGAGGCGCUGCCCCAGGGCAUGCUGUGCGGGCCCCCGCAGUGCUAUUGCAUUGUGGAGAAGUGGCGGGGCUUUGAGCGCAUCUUGCCCAACAAGACGCGCAUCUUGCGCCUCUGGGCCGCCUGGGGCGAAGAGCAAGAGAACGUACGCUUCGUGCUGGUGCGCAGCGAGGCGUCGCUGCCCAACGCAGGUCCCCGCAGUGCCGAGGCGCGAGUCGUGCUGAGUCGCGAGCGCCCCUGCUCCGCGCGGGGGGCCCCAGCGCGGCCCAGCCUAGCCAUGACCCAGGAGAAGCAGCGACGAGUGGUGCGCAAGGCCUUCCGCAAGCUGGCCAAGCUCAACCGGCGGCGCCAGCAGCAGCCGUCGUCGCCCUGUUCGUCCACUUCGUCGUCCGCCGCCUCGUCCUGCUCGUCGUCGUCGCCGCGGGCCACCGAGAGCGCCUCGGUGGAGCGUAUGGAGACGCUAGUGCACCUGGUGCUCUCCCAGGACCACACCAUCCGUCAGCAGGUGCAGCGGCUUCGGGAGCUGGACCGCGAGAUCGACCGCUACGAGGCCAAGGUGCAUCUGGACCGCAUGCGGCGACAUGGAGUGAACUACGUGCAGGACACCUACUUGGUGGGUGCUGGGAUCGAACUCGACGGUACCGGCCCGGGAGAGGAGCCGGAGCCGGAGCCCGAGCCGGCGGCAGAGACAACGACGCCGCCCCUGGACGGCGAGGCGAAGGCGGUCGCGCUGGAGGAGCUGGCCCGGCGCUGCGACGACCUGCUGCAGUUGCAGGAGCAGCGGGCCCAGCAGGAGGAGUUGCUCGAGCGCCUCUCGGCCGAAAUCCAGGAGGAGCUGAACCAGAGGUGGAUGCGGAGGCGCCAGGAGGAGCUCGCAGCGCGGGAGGAGCCCCCGGAGGCCGAGGGAGGCCUCGACGGCGAGCUGCUGCUGGAGCGCGAACGGGUCCGGACGCAGCUCAGCACCAGCCUCUACAUCGGGCUCCGGCUCAACACGGACCUGGAGGCCGUCAAGUCGGACUUGGAUUACAGCCAGCAGCAGUGGGACAGCAAGGAGCGCGAGCUCCAGGGCCUUCUCCAGACUUUGCACACGUUGGAGCUGACGGUAGCGCCCGAUGGGACUCCGGUGUCCAGUGGGCCCUCGCGGGACCCCGGGCCGCAGGCCUGCGCCGAGGUGUGGGUGGACCAGGCCCGCGGACUGGCCAAGAGCUGUCCUGGUAACGACGAGGACUCGGACACCGGGCUGAGCUCCAUGCACAGCCAGGACUCGGACUCGGUGCCCGUGUGCGAAUCCCUUGUGUAG